AAUUUGAUUAUUGACCCAUCGCCACCUUAUAUAUAACUCACUUAUAAUAAUAUUCAGUUAUUCAUGUUUAGUUCCAACCGUUUUGAACCUCAAAUUAAAAACCACAUUCUUUCAUCUUCAUAUAAAUAUAUUUAAUUUAUUCAAAAAAAAAAAAAAAACCUAAAAAAUGGAUCAUGGCGUGGGCUCUUCCAGGGACAACAAAAAAGAUGGAGGUGGAGGGACAGGAGAGGUGAAGUAUAGAGGGGUUCGUCGUCGACCAUCAGGGAAGUAUGCCGCGGAGAUUCGUGACAUUAAAAACAACAGUACAAGGGUUUGGCUAGGGACAUUUGCAACCGCGGAGGAGGCAGCUAGAGCUUAUGAUAAGGCGGCCUUUGAGAUGAGAGGCCACAUGGCGGUUCUUAACUUUCCGGCUGAAUAUCCACCUACAUUUUCAGCUGCUGCUUAUAGGAAUGCUGCCACGUCGUCUGCUGGAGAGUCUUCUUCGAGUGGUGCGCAACAAGGCAGAGAAGUUAUCGAGUUUGAGUAUUAUGACGAUACAUUGUUAGAGGAGCUUCUUGAUUACGAUGACAAAACCAAAAAAUGAAAUCUUGAUUUUAUAAAGAUUUCAAUUUACAGUUGUUUUGAUUAGCACGGGAAAUAUAUAUACAUAAUUCUCAUCA